UUCACCUGGGAUUUCCCAGAUAGUAUUCAAAAUCCUGGCUAGAUGACUCUGUUGGAUGCCGUAUUUAUUAUUAGUAAAUACACAUACACCAUAAUCAACCAAGAAUCUUUAACCUUUGGCUUCUUGAUGACUGUGCACUACGCCUGAACAAAUUUUAGUUCGUCAGUCGCCAAUAUACCCAUGCUGACAGAAUGGAUUUGUCUUUACAAAUUGCCUUGCGGAAAUGGUGCGAGCUUUUAGAUGUCCAUUCAGGAAGGGAUAAAAUCCUGAGGAUAACUGGAUAUAUCUGCACCCUUAUUUCUGAUUUACCUGGGACCAGAGACACUCCACUGGCCAAGAGGAUGAGCAUAGUAGGCAGGCAGAUAAGUACCAGUAGGACCAUUAACAGGCUUUUCGAUGACCUUCCAAUGCUCAAUCGUACACUUAGUUAUGGGAUUGGUUCUAAUGAAAAAGACCAGAUCAUCCGAAUCUCUAACCUGUUAUCAAAUAUCAUCAAUACCUGCUACUACCCACUGGAGCAUAUUGCUUGGGCUGGAGAUCAUGGAGUUUUUGCAGUUGAGAGUAAAACAUUCUGGAGAGGUGUUUCGUAUUGCUGGGCUUCUUCCAUGUAUCUAGCAAUAGUGAGGACAGUGAGAACCAUAUCAAUGUUAGUCCAGCACCGGCGACAUACCAUAAAUUCUGGAAAACCUUCAGACAGUGAUUGCGUUAAAUUCCGUCGUGGGAUUAUCCAAGAACUUUUGUCACUUAUUCAGCAAUUGUCAGACAUGGGUAUAGCAGUAAAUUCCAUCCCUGGUUUUUUGUGGGGAGGUAAACUUAAGCCUAGGCAUAUUGGCUUGCUUGGGAUUUUAUCCACCAUAAUUACCAUUGCCAAAUUACUUCGGUUAGUGCCUUAAAUCUGUUCACUUUGAUUUGAAGGUCCUUAUUUUUUGUUGUUGGCAGCGUUAGACUACCAAUGACGUUGUAGAAUUUAUAUUACCGUCAUUGAGAAGAUAUUAAGUAAUGUAAUUUCGAGCUUCAUUCAGUAGUGGAGAGUGGCGCAUGUUUUUCACGACAUUAUUUCUUGUGAUAUGCUGUAGGGGGAAUUUAUAUCACUGGGUGACGAAUUGCAAACAAACAAAUAUACCUAGUUAAAUUCUUGAAA